AUGGAAUUAAAAAAUAGUCCAUUAAAAUAAAAUUAUAUUGCAUGCAAUAAUAAUAGGUGGUGUUGAAUUUUGAUUAUCUGAGACCAGACUAAAAUUUGGUUAAUACUAUAGUUCAUGAUGGUAUAAUGAAUGUAGAGUUAUGAAAGCAUAAUAUAUUAAAAGAAAGGAGAGAUCUAAGAGUCAAAGGAAAAUUUGGGAGAAUGUGCCAUAUGAUGCAUACGAAAAAGAAAAGAUGGGAGAUUUCAUGAAAAUAGUGACUAAAAAUAAGAUUGUCUUACCAUAAAAGUAAUAAAUUAGAAUGAUUUUGUUAGUUGGACAGAGAGUGAUACUUUGAAGAUGGUUUAUUGUGGUAAAUUUAAAGAUAAGAAUUACUUAAAAGUAUUAUAAUCACAUUUGGCUUGGAGAGCCAUACCAAAUAAUUUCUAACCUACUGAUAUAAAUAUAGCAUUUUUAUAGAAAGGAAUAGUUUAUACAUACGGUAGAGAUAAACAAUUAAGACCUGUCAUAAUUAUGAAUCUUGAAUUAGUUAAUCUAAAAUAAGUAGGAAAUCUAAUUUAUUAAUUCAAUAGUUCAGUGAAGAAGUCUAUAUUAAUGCUUUAAGUUAUUAUUUUGGUAUAAUAAGAAAAUAUUGUUUUGUUCCUGGAAAAAUAGAGAAUUGGGUUUUCAUAAUGGAUACAAAGAAACUUGGACUUUCUAAGUUUCCUUUCAAAGUAUAAAUAUUUAUAUAUACUUAUUAGGCAAUUCAAAUAGCCACAAAAACUAUGUAGGUUAAUUUCUGUGGUUGUUUAGAUAAAUUAUAUUUAUUAAAUCCAUCUAGUUCUUUAAGUUUUUCUUGGAAGAUGGUUUCUGGUAUAAAAUUUGGAAUUAACUUAUUAUAGCUGUGGCUGACGCAGAUACAAUGGAAAAAGUUUAAAUGCUUAAACCAAAUGAAUAUACUAAAAUAUAAGAUAGAAUUGCAGCUAAUUAAUUAGAAGAAUAAUUUGGAGGUACUUCUCCAAAUCUUACAAAAUUUUGGUUACUUUUUAAUUGCAUAUAAUUAGGCCACCUAUAAAUAUUGAAAUUCCAGGAGGAUAUACAGAGGAAAUCUUAAAAGCUGUAGAAUCAAUGAAAACUGCAGAUAUUGUGAUUCAAAAGGAAGUACCUGCAUCAGAAGAAGAUGAAAUGAAAUUAUAAGAAUAGAUAUCUAAGAUGCAAAUAAAAAAAGAUGACGACGAUGAUGAUUGAUA